AUGUUGCAUACUGGGCGACAAGUUCUGACAUUGUGUGUGAGAACGGCAAGUUCGAACUCCAUCAUACCUAGCUCUACAAACACAGUGGUGCAAGUAACCGGUAAACUUCCAAGGAGCUACAAGCAACAAAGUCGGGAAUGUGAACUUGCGUCCGCGUUUUACAAAGAGGGAAAGCCUGGUGGUCUCAAAAAACUGAUGAAAAUUGUGACGAAGCAGAAGGAGCAGACCGAGGCAACCAGUAGAUGUGCUGCUUUCGCAACAGCUCUCGCUUUGAAGCUUGGUAAAGUUAGGGAAGCUCAUACAAUGCUUUCACAUAUAACGAUGUCUCCUCCUAUUAUACGGCGAAACUUGUCUAUCAGUGUUCUUGUAAAAGAAGGUUUAUUGGAUGAAGCUAUAGACGAAAUGGAAGAUUGCUUACAAGAGGAAGAUGCCAUUUUUAAUUCUGAAAACAGCUGCAUCAGUGAUGAGGCGCUAGAUACACUAUGCAAUUCGAUCAAGGAGCGAGAGGACACUCAAAGACAGAUGCAACGGUUCCGAACGCUGCAAAGAGUGCUGACAGCUUAUCAUCGACGGAGCACGAAAACUCUAGAAGAAUUGCUACAUACUCCACUCCACAUGGAUGGAUCAACUGAAGAAUCCUCCGAACACGAGCCAGCCAUCGAUCUCAGCGAUAAAAUCAUCGCUCAAGUUCCCGAAUUUUUGUCUGAGGAAAAAUAAGUACUUGUUCAACUUUGUAAAUAUUCAUUAGCAAUCAUUUAUGGUGACCCAACAUAUUGACAAC